CUCAUCUACAAAGUUGGGAAACGCCGAGUAUCGUUGCUCGCUUUCGCUCUGAUUUUGCACGUCUUUCAGCAUCCUGAACAGCUGGGAUUAGCCAUUAGCCUAGAUUGAACCACGGCUAACUUGUCAACCUACUUGCUGUGAUCGGGAGUGCGACAUUCUUCCAUUCUUACAAUGUUUUCUUCCCCACCUGACAGUGCUCCGAAGUUUGGUGGGCCCUCAAGGCGCCCUCAUACCAAGCCCCGAAAGGGAUGCUGGAUGUGCCGGCGGAGACGUAUUCGGUGCGAUGAGACAAUUCUUCAGUGUCGCAACUGUACAAAACAUCAAGUCCGAUACAAUAAUAUGGAAAUUCCACUCCCAACGGUGCGAGCGCCAUGGGAGAAACAGACAUCUUCGGAAGCACAUGCUGUAGUUGCUGAAGCUCAAGGGUCCUCCGGUAAAGACCGUGAUUUACUCUCAAUCUGGCUUUCUUUGCGACCAAGGAUUCGAUUUAGGUCAGGGAGUACGGAAAGAGAUCAAGGGGCAGACUGCAGUUGUGCUGGGCGGUUUGACACCCCAGGAAUGAUAGCAGAAUCCAGCGGUAUUAGAGCUACUACGGGCUUGUUAACACCCACAAACGUAGCCGGGCUUACAAUAUCGACGCUUGUGGUACCAGUAGCAGCAGUUGAUCCGAGUGGACCCGCUGGGCAAAUUUCAUUGCCCAUUCCGAGGGUUGCCAUUGGGGCGUGCAUUGGCAUUGUCCUGAUUGCAGGUGGGAGAGCUUCUGGGGCAGCAAGGUCGCUUUUGGGGCCAGCUAUGGGGGUCGGCAGCAUCCUGUUCGUCAUGUUGCGGAAUGAUCCUGCUGUUAAGCCAGAAGCAGCGUGGGUGGUAUUUGGGGCGUGGUCCGCCGCCACGCUAGCUUAUCUCGCCAUGCAGUGUUCGCGCCUUGUGCAUGCCAACUGGUAUAUCCUCGUAGCGUCAGUGGUGACCGGCAUUUGCAUGGUGAUCAUUGCCUCUGCCCAGAGGUCCUCGAUCCAGGGUGGUUUGGUGACGGCUAUUCCACCCUGCGUCGCCUUUGCAUCAUAUGCGGCCACAUUCCCAUUUCGAGAGCGGUUUCAGAGGUCAGAGGAUAGUGUCAAUGUGUGAGGUAUGACUCUACGCCUAUGAGGGUGAAUGCCGGCUAGGUUAGCGAGGUGAGGCAUGACGACUUCCCUUGGGUGGCCCAAUUUCCAACAACGGUUUCAUAUUAGGCGCAACUACAUAAAGCUGCAUGCUAUACUGCAACUGCAAUACGAUAUACUUAUUCUG